UCACCCCAAGCGCGUUUGUCUCUGGCUUCUCUCUCACCAGUCGCCACCGGGCCGGAGAGGGAAAAAAAAGGGAAUCCGCUCGCCGCCGAUGGAGUCCAUCGCGAUCGCCACCACCUCCCGCGCCCUGCCGCCGCGGUUCCCCUCCGCCCUGCUCCGGCGCCGGCGCCGCGCCGCCUCCUUGGUCCCGGUCGCGUCCGCCUCCAAGCGGAGAGACGGCGGCGAGGGGGAGGACGCCGGAGCCCACAAGCCGUCCAGGCGGCCGUCUUCGUCCUCGGGGGGCGAGCCCACGGGCCUCGCGCCCUACGGCCUCUCCUUCUCGCCCUUCUCCAAGGACGCGGCCAUGGGGCUGGUGAUGAGCGCGGCGACGGGGAGCGGCUGGACGACGGGUUCGGGGAUGGAGGGCCCGCCGAUGGCCGGGGGCGCCGCGAACCGGCCGGAGGUGUCGACGCUGCCGUGGUCGCUCUUCACAAAGUCCCCGCGGCGGAGGAUGCGGGUGGCCUUCACCUGCAACGUCUGCGGGCAGCGCACAACUCGCGCCAUCAACCCGCACGCCUACACCGACGGCACUGUGUUUGUUCAGUGCUGCGGCUGCAACAUCUUCCACAAGCUGGUGGACAACCUGAACCUGUUCCACGAGAUGAAGUGCUACGUCGGUCCCGACUUCCGGUACGAGGGGGACGCCCCGUUCAACUACCUCGACGGCGGCGAUGAUGAUGACAACGGCAACAUCUUUCCGCUUCUCUAGGGUGGCGAGGCGGACCCCUUCCUUCCGCCCUGGCGCAUGGUGGCGCUCUGAUCCGUGCUCGCCCGGUUAGCUGUAUGUUAAUAAGCAGACUGUAUGUUGUUUAAUGUCGAUGGGCGCCCGUAAAUAUGUGUGUGCAGAUGUAUGUAAAUAGCAUAAGUGCAGUUGAUAAUAAUAAUAAUAAUAAUAAUGACAUGAUACAGAAGUUUACGUUUCUGGA